UCUCCUUCACAUUCAUCUAUGCAUAUGAGGUAUCGCUAAAUUUAGCACUUCCUUUCUUGUCUACUUUCAUUUUUAUACAAAUUGCGGAAAAGCCCUUCCCCCCAACGCGCCCAUCAUGUCGAGUGGGUGAGUGCGAGCGGUGCCAUAUCUGAGCUCUUUUCCCAUAUUUUGUUUAGAUAUAAAAAAAGUGAUUAUUACUAAUUUGCUUUCAUUGCGACUCACUCACUCGCUCGUCCACAAAAGACAAUCGCACACGGCAUAUGAUUUUUCUUUCUGUGUAUUUGUGAUUUAUUAUUCGCUUUUUCCACUUCUUGUCCAUUUUUGUACACUUGGUUGCACUUAAAUCACGCGCCACGCAUUGUUCAAUGUGCUACUAAAAAAAAAAAAACAAAUUCGAUGUACCUUAUCCGUGAGAUUCCAAUAGGGGGAUAUUUCGGUUUCCGAAAAUGGGUCUGUGGCCGCUGGUGUCACAUCAAAUGAAUGUUUAUUAAUGCUAAUGCUUGAAUUCCGUGGUUGACUACAGAAUAUGGCGCAUUCAUUUGCUUUUUUCCCUCUACUACCAUAUACUACAUAGUAUAUACACUAGUAGUUAGUUCUUCAUAUUUUAUCGAUUAUUUGCGAUAAGAUUUUAGUUAAAACCAGCGGCGCUUACGGUCAUUAUAGGGAAAAUCCAUAAUGGGUCUUUCCGAUAUUCGUUAUUGUGAGUAAUGUAAAGUUUUUUUUUAUCAUAUCAAGUUCGAAAAUUGUGGAAGUAGUGUGCUUUGAAUUUUCCUUUGAUUGCUAAAGAUUCAACACACUUUCCAGAGAGUUCAGAUAAUCAGAUAAAGUAUAUAGACGAAAGCAUGAUAUCGUUUCUGGUAAAUCGCCGAGCUUGUGGUGCUUACAAGGUUUCAUUGGGACUAACUCGUGCUUAUAAAGGUUUAACAGAAGUAAAAAGCCUUCAAAAUGCCUUACGACCUGGUAAUGAAACUGAAAAUAUCAAACUGGUAAACAUAUUCCGAACUUCUAGCAUACAAAAUGUGAAGAAGAACCAACUAAUUGACGCUGAAAGCGUUAUUCCAUUCUUAAUGGGGCCAGCCAAACCUUUGCUGAUUAUGAGAGAAGGAUCUCGAAUCGAUUGUAACGACGAUUUGCUGUCGUCUGAGCAAAGAGCCAAAAAAAGGGAAAGCAUAAAACAAUCCGAGGUUUUAGAUCCAGCCGACCAAAAAGAACUCGAGGCCGAUUUGUUAGAGAGGCUUAAAGAUAUGGCUAGAAGAAAGAAAUCUCGACUAGAUGAAAGAGUUGACGAGCUGAGGGAUAAUUUUAUAGGCCGGAAUUAUGCUUCUCUACAAGGAAGAACUAUUGUGACUGUGCAUGCCAAGGAAUCCACUCCACCGAAAGGAUCUGGGCCUGCCAAACCGGGAGGCUCACCUCCACCCAAAAAUGUUUCUGCUCCGCCGACGGGCGGUUCUCCGCCUGACAAAAGCGGCGCUCCACCACCCCCAAAGGGGCCACCGCCCGGAACUCCACCACCGCAGACGAAAACUACUUUUGGACCACUUGCUGAUGCUGAUCGAAUCUUUACGAAUUUAUACGGACGGCACGAUUGGCGAUUGAAGGCAGCUAUGAAGCGCGGUGACUGGUACAAGACGAAGGAGAUCAUAGCCAAGGGUGACAAGUGGAUAGUCAACGAGAUUAAGACAUCUGGACUGCGGGGACGCGGUGGCGCCGGAUUUCCCAGUGGACUUAAGUGGUCAUUUAUGCAUAAACCGCCUGAUGGAAGGCCCAAGUUUCUGGUGGUCAAUGCGGAUGAAGGCGAGCCCGGUACUUGCAAGGAUCGCGAGAUAAUGCGCCAUGAUCCACACAAGCUGGUAGAGGGAUGUCUCAUUGCUGGACGGGCUAUGGGUGCCAACACUGGUUUUAUUUACAUUCGCGGGGAGUUUUACAACGAGGCUUGCAAUCUUCAGUAUGCCAUUAUUGAGGCCUAUAAGGCUGGCUACCUGGGAAAGAAUGCCUGCGGUUCUGGGUUCGAUUUCGAUCUUUAUGUGCAACGUGGAGCAGGAGCCUAUAUUUGCGGCGAGGAAACCUCUCUGAUUGAAUCUCUGGAGGGCAAGGCGGGUAAGCCAAGGAACAAGCCUCCCUUUCCGGCCGAUAUCGGCGUCUUUGGCUGUCCAUCUACGGUGACCAAUGUGGAAACGGUGGCCGUGGCUCCCACUAUUUGCCGGCGUGGUGGCAAUUGGUUUGCCAGCUUUGGACGUACCCGAAACUCUGGCACCAAGCUGUUCAAUAUCUCUGGUCAUGUUUGCAACCCUUGUACCGUCGAGGAGGAGAUGUCUAUGCCAACCAGAGAGCUUAUCGAACGCCAUGCUGGUGGAGUGAUCGGGGGCUGGGACAAUCUACUGGCCAUCAUCCCGGGUGGCUCUUCCACUCCCUGCAUUACCAAGGAGCAUGCCUCGAGUGCGAUUCACGACUACGAUGGGCUGAUGGCAGUGCGUUCGUCCAUGGGAACGGGUGCCUUGAUUGUUAUGAACAAGGAUACGGACAUUAUCAAGGCCAUUGCCCGCUUAUCGGCUUUCUAUAAGCACGAGAGCUGCGGCCAGUGCACUCCUUGCCGCGAGGGUCUCCACUGGGUGAACAUGAUCAUGCAUAGAUUUGUCACAGGACAGGCGCAGAUCGCAGAGAUCGAUAUGCUGUUCGAACUGACGAAGCAGAUCGAGGGCCAUACCAUUUGUGCCCUGGCCGAUGGUGCUGCCUGGCCGCCCCAAGGACUCAUCCGAAACUUCCGUCCGGUCAUCGAGGAGAGGAUCAAGAAGCGGGCGGCCGAGGACCAAGCUAAGGCUGAAGCACUCCAGGCCGAGCGUUUCCCUUGUCAAACGGUGACUCCUUGUCCAGAAUAAAGCGUGCCAGUUGCAUCAAAACCGCCCGUGUUUUAUGUGUAUGUGUAUUUCGAACAGCAGCCGUGGCAUGCGGCUGACUUCAAGCUCCGCUGACUCUGACUACCGGCUUCCGUCCGAGUGAAAGUGCAGCCA